AUGGUUAUUUUCUCAGUGGUUCAAGACUGGAUUAAAGCUUCUACUAUCACUACUAAAGCCACUGAAAACACAGGGAUAGGCCAGGUGCUGGAGGCUGAACUUUGGGGCCUUCUUUUUGGUUUGAAGCUUGCUGCUGAUAUUAGAAUAGACCUUGAGAAGCUUCCAAGCAGCAGUUGUAACCUGAAUGUCUCCGGUACUUUUAGUCUGCACGGCUGCCAAUCUCUUCGCGAGUUUUCAGAGCUUCCCAGGUAUACAAGAGUGCUAGAUUUGAGUGAGACAGCAAUAAAAUACUUACCAGAAGUCUUGGAGCCUAUGGAACAUCUGAAGCUUCUUAGUUUAUCAUGUACAUCAAUUAAGGAGCUACCCUCAUCGAUUGGAAACCUAAUUAGGCUUCAAGGAUUAGAUCUCCAUGAGUGCAAGAAGCUUGAGGUUGUCCCGAACGUCAUCUACAAUUUAAGCACUCUUAAAUUUCUCAAUUUUGAUGGCUGUUCGAAAUUGAAGAAAUUGCCUCCCGUCUCAGUAGACUCAGUCGGAUUGCUUUCUUUGGAAGAACUAUACCUCAGGAAGUGCAGUAUACUAGAAAUCCCUGAUGGCCUCGUUUGUUUAACCUCAUUACAAGGUUUAAAUAUGAGAGACCAAGAUUAA